AUGGCCAGCUGUCAGGCAUUGUACGCCUUCUCUCUCGGGCCUGGAUCUCUGCAGGUCCCUGGAGUAGCUACCCCUCACUGGUUGCUAGCUUCUGCGCCUCCCAUUGCUUCAAUCGUGCUUUUUUCCAUAACCAGGGAGGAGAGGGAAUUUGGACAUACACAUCUCGGGCUAAGCAAUAUGACGAAUAGCGGCCGUCUGGCGACCAUGCCACACCAUGGUGCCUAUACCCAACCCUUGCUUGCUACUGCUACUGCUAGCAAUCGUACGGGACGUCCUCGUGAUAAGCAUUCAUCCUCGGCCUCUGCACCUGCGUUCCAACCCGGUUCAUUUAAGGCCAGAAUCCCUGGGGCAAGUCUAGCCUCGUCUGGCCCUGGUUACCUUGUUCCCCCACCACACACUGAUGCAAGUGUCGUGGCAUCGUCAACCAUGCAUGGCGGUUCAACCCGCAGCUCCCCAGAACGCUCCGUAGAUAGCGUCAGUUUUUAUGGGAGGGUGCCACCUUGA